AUGGAGUCCGCAAAAUCGAUACUCUCGAAGAAGAGGUGGGAGAGAGGCGAAUUCUUCAUCUCCACGAACCCUGAUCUUAUACCAAUCGCUUCUCUGGCCGGGAUGUUCGCUUCCAAGGAAAUAUACUGGGCUCAGCCGAUUCCUGUCCAGGCUGCGCGAGAAAUGCUCGACAACUCUCUGACGUUCGGCAUAUAUCAUGUUGGAAAAGCUGAUUCGACGGCCACCGAAAAGACGAGCACCUCAGACAGUACCUCGGCUGGACCGCAUGAUCUCGUUGGAUUAGCGCGCUGCGUGACCGACUUCACGACCUUUGUUUACCUGACAGACGUUUGGGUCCACAAGGAUUUCCAGCAACGUGGAUUGGGGCGAUGGCUCGUGAAGUGCGUAGGAGACGUGAUUGACGGUAUGCCACAUCUGCGUCGGUCCAUGCUCUUCACCUCAGACUGGGCCCGCUCCGUGCCAUUCUAUGAAGAAAUACUAGGAAUGGAAGUGAUCGAGACUAGGAGGAACGAGGGAGCAGCCAUCAUGGAAAAGAAAGGGCCUGCACAUCCUGACUUUAGCAAAUCAAGCGAUGCAUGA